UAGCGGUAAUCGGGCGACCGUUCAAACGCUUAAGCAAACGAACCGAGCGCGUCGUGUUUUUUCCCAAAAAUCGUUCUGAAAAAUACCACCCAUCGUGUGGGUGUGCGAUUUGGCUAGGAUGUGUGGCUGUGUGCGCGAUGAAGUUGUUGCAUUGACAAGGCGCGACCAAAAACAACGCCCCGAAAAGUAGGCAAGCGGAUAUAUCUGAACUUCCCGAGACUUUAAGAAGAUAAAAGCAGUCGGAGCGCCGAAAAUCGCAAGAAGCCAACUAAUUUAAGUGAAUGUGCCAGUGUGUGUGCCCGUGCUCGAGUGUGCGUGUGUGAGAGGCGCCAACUUGACCCGGCAGAAAAAUAGAAAUAAAUAGUCAGCCAAAUGGCAGCAGGAAAGCACAAAAAGUGAGAAGCAUAUCCCGGCGAAAGAAAUAUUAAAGAAAAUUAAAGUUUCCGCCCGAGCCAAAAGCCUUGGUGUGAAAGGUUAGUGAAGUGAGACGAGAAAGAAAAACCAUUCCCGAAGAAAGUAAAUUUUGCAAAUCAAAGUCAAGCACUUGGAUCCGGUCUGGACUAUUAAACGCGUCGUCCGCCAUGGAAGAACUUCCCCUAGAGCCCCAGAAGUAUGCCAGCGCCUUCUCCUCCUCGGAAUCCGGCUCAUCGCUGAGUACGUGAACGUCUCAGUCGAGAAUGUCCGCUUGCAUGACAAUUGUAGCGUGCCGGCAUUCAAAAAACGCAGCAGCAGCAGACGACGCGGCUGAGCGAGCAGUACGUGAAGUGAUUCUAAACAAGGAGCAGGACUAGGCCGCAGGAGCAAGGACACCCAACGCACAUGCACGACAGAAGGGCUUAGCACCUGCACUCGAGCCGCAGACAGCAGCAGAGCCACCGCACGGAAUAAUUUACUUAAACUGCCAUUUUUUGCAAAAAACACUGACCAAAAGACGGAUUGCUGUUGUAAAGUAAAAUUAAAAAGGACAUAAAAGGUGAAAUUCCUUGCCGGAACAAGCAAAGCGAAAAGCAGGCCACGCCACGAACGGCUAUCUUGUGGUCAAUUAUACAAGAGCAGAGAGGAAGCACACAAAGCACCAGUCGGACAUCAAGCUAUCGGAAAAACAACGGCAACAUUGCGACCUGGCCAUUUUGACCAAUAACAAUAAUGGUUAUGUUGCUGCACUCGAAGCGACAACUCCCGCCAUCAGCAGCAACGAGAACGCGGCGGAAAGUGCCGCCCCCCAAGUGGGCGUGGGCGUGGUCCUCCCUGCUGGUCCUGCUGCUCCUGGUGCUCCUGGACGUAUCCCGAUGCACGGCGGCUGGCGUUAGUUACAGCAGCAACAGCGGAAACCUGAGCACUUCCCAGAGGAGCCCGGGUGCGGGACCCUCGGCGACCAAUAAUGGCGGACUCGUGCUGAUCGGUUCCAGCAGCGCCACUUCCAGUUCCGUGCCCUCGUUAUCCCUCACUUCGUCCGCGUCGGCGGGCUCCUCGUCCUCCGCCAGCAGCUCGUCCUCCUCAUCCGCCGCCAACAACAGCGGAUCCGGUGGCAGCCGCAGUGGCCGACCCACCAGCAACAACGGCAACCCGAACUCCAACCCGAACCACGAUCAAUUGCCCGCCCAGCUUUCGUCGCGCAUUAUCCACACACGCAACGGCGCCAUUUCGGGCGUAAUUGUCCAACUGGACGGCCGGCACUUGGACCCGGUGGAGGCGUACCGGGGAAUCCCCUACGCCUCGCCGCCGGUCGGCAAUUUGCGGUUCAUGCCACCUGUCUCGGCGGCCAUGUGGUCAGGUGUCAAAAAGGCGGACAGAUUCAGCCCGGUUUGCCCGCAAAGAUUGCCCGACAUCCACAACGAGACGGCGGCCCUGGAGCGAAUGCCCAAGGGCAGACUGGAGUAUCUGAAGCGAUUGCUGCCCUAUCUGCAGAAUCAAUCAGAGGACUGCCUCUAUCUAAAUAUUUAUGUGCCCAUACAAGUUGGAUCGCGUGACUCCUCGGGCAGUGCUUCGUCCUCAUCCGCCGGCUCCCCGUCAUCCUCGUCAUCGGGAAGUGGCGGCUCCGGCUCAUCCUCUUCGUCGUCGUCAUCCUCCUCGUCGGCUGGAAGUGGGAGUGGCAGUGGAGGUGCUGUCAAGUAUCCUGUGCUGGUCUUCGUGCACGGCGAGUCGUAUGAGUGGAACAGCGGCAAUCCCUACGACGGAUCCGUGUUGGCCAGCUAUGGACAAAUAUUGGUGGUAACCAUAAAUUAUCGCCUCGGAGUGCUGGGCUUUCUGAAUGCCAACACGGACCGCUACUCGAAGCUGCCGGCCAAUUACGGCCUGAUGGACAUCAUUGCGGCGCUGCACUGGCUCAAGGAGAACAUCGCGUCCUUCGGCGGGGAUCCCAACAGCAUCACCCUCGCAGGACACGGCACGGGAGCGGCCUGCGUCCACUUCCUCAUCUCGUCAAUGGCCGUGCCGGAGGGCCUGCUCUUCAACCGAGCCAUCCUGAUGUCCGGCUCGGGCCUGGCGCCCUGGUCGCUGGUCAGCAACCCGGCCAAGUACGCGGCCAUCGUGGCCCACCACGUCAACUGCGCCUCCGACCUCCCGCACGCCCACCUCAUGAAGUGCCUGCGCGAGAAGACCCUGGACCAGCUGCUCAGCGUGCCCAUCCGCCCGCCGGAGUUCGGCUUCGCCUUCGGACCCAGCAUCGACGGGGUGGUCAUCGACGGCGGGGACUACGUGCCGCCCGCCCCCGGCUCCCCGGCGGCCCAGGCCCAGGCCCAGGCGUCGACGGCCGCCGGGAACGGACUGGGCGGCGAGGCGGGAAUCGCGGCUGCCGGCGGGUGGGGAACGCCCGGUCAGCUCGAGAAUAUCGUAUUAAUGAGAAAAACUGCCAUUAACAAGUUGUCAAGAUACGACCUGAUGGCCGGCGUGACACGUGCCGAGGCCUUUUUCAGCUUCAAUUCGGGCGACGUGCAAUAUGGAAUCGAGGCGGAUCGACGGUCGAGAAUUUUAAAGGCCUACGUACGCAACACGUACACGUUCCAUUUGAACGAGAUAUUCGCCACGAUUGUCAAUGAGUACACGGAUUGGGAGAGGCCCGUGCAGCAUCCAAUUAAUAUCCGGGACGAAACGCUGGAGGCGCUGAGCGAUGCCCAGGUUGUGGCUCCGGCGGCUCAAACGGUGGACUUGCAUUCGGCGGAUCAUCGGAACUCCUACUUGUACGUGUUCGACUACCAGACGCGCUUCGGUGAUUAUCCUCAGCGCCAGGGAUGCAUUCACGGUGAGGACUUGCCCUAUAUCUUCGGUGCCCCGCUCGUUGGCGGUUUCAAUCACUUCACGCGCAACUACACCAAAACCGAAAUCAGUCUAUCGGAAGUUGUGAUGUUUUACUGGUCCAACUUUGUGCGAACCGGCAAUCCAAAUGAGCAAAUGGAAACGGAGCAUGGGAGUCGUCAGGAGCGGAGUCGCUAUAAAACAAUCGAGUGGACGGCCUACGAAAGUGUGCACAAGAAAUACCUAAAUUUCGAUACCAAGCCAAAGCUGAAGAAUCACUAUAGAGCACACCGCCUCUCCUUCUGGCUAAACCUCAUCCCGGAUCUGCACAAACCAGGCGGCGAUAAUGUGCCCGCUGCACACCACCAACUGCACGACGACGAGGAGGAGGACAACAACAUCGCCAGCGACGCCUCCGUGAAGCCCCUUAAUCCGCCGUACACUUCGCGGGCUGCCAAUGCGGCGGCCAUGGGAAACUUCACGAUUUUCACCAACCAGGUCUUCUCACUACUCAACCUCAGCUCGCCGUCUUCAUCGCUUCAGAGAAACGGCACUCGGUACGGGGGCGGUAAGAUAUAUCCAGAUGACAUGAUGGAUGCAGAUCAUGCGGGCGGCGCAGCCAGUGCGUCGCAGGAUAAUGACGGCUUUGCUGCCUAUUCCACAGCCUUGAGUGUCACUAUAGCUAUAGGUUGCUCGUUACUGAUCCUGAACGUUUUGAUCUUCGCGGGGGUCUACUACCAGAGAGACAAGACCCGCCUCAGCGAGCCCAGGCCCCAAACCAAGCUGAAAAGGCAGGAAAACGGUCAGAUGCCGAAUAACAUAUGCGGGGACUUGGAGACGCUCACCAUCCACGCAAAGAGCGACCCGGCCACCAUCCUGUCGCACCACCAUGCCAUGCAGCACCACCAACUGCCGCCGCCGGAGUUCGCCGACAUACCGCACCGCGCGCCUCCGCCGCCGAAGCACAUGAAGUCCCUGCAGGAUCCGGGGGCGGGGGCGGGCGGGGGUUCGGUCAGUGGGGCGGUGGGCGUCUCGGGGGUGGUACAAAUGGCUCCGCCACACGCCCUCCAAGUGAUGGGCAAUCAAUGCGGUACACUGACCAAAAAGAGCUGCAUGAAACAAACGCAGGCCCAGGCCCAGCAGCAUUCGCCUGCCCAGCAGCAGCAGCAGCAGCAACAUGUGGUUACCCAUCAGCAACACUUGCAGAAUCAUCAUAAUCAAAGCAUGACCACUGUGCUGACCACUGCCGGUGGACUGGUGGUGCCCACGCCACCCACUGUGCCCGUGAUUGUUGCCACCACCACGCAGCACCAGCAACACCAGCAGCAGCAGCAUCAGCAACAGCAGUCGCACCAGCAGCACCAACAACAGCAGCAGCAACAUCCGCUGAUGGACGAGCUGCGUGUGUGACAUUAAUUGACCGUGCGUUUUAAAUGUGAUCUCUAAGCGCACAGCAUCCCUGACCCGGCCCCUAAUCCCUUUCCAAUGCGUUUCAGCUGUCCCUAUAUAUAAAUUACAUAGGCUAUAGCCUGUAAGUGUGUGUGAGGAGUUCCAGCUGUGUCUAUCCAAUACUCGCGGAUGCUUCUCCUCGGUAAACCCUGCUGGUUGAUUUUCUAAAAACGUUCACUGUAAAUAGUUAAGUGUAGAUUGUUGUCGAACUCAUAAUCAAAGAAAGCUAACUUGGAAUUUAAACUGAGCGGCAAGGUGUUCAUUAAAUGGUUUAAUUGCAUAUGUUUUCAUAACUUACCCAAUAUUUACUACUUUUAGAGCGAUACUUGAUUUCACACUGAACUAUAUCUUUAGUAUAAAUAACAUAUAUUUAUUCAUAAUUUGGAACUUAUAAAUAUAUUUACUAUGGUUUACAAUUGAUAGUUUUACUUUUUUGGGUAGUUCAUAGCAAACGUUUUAUUUGUAUUUAAGCUUUACAUAUAGAACCGAUUACACUAUUUUUUAGUUAUUUCUCUUACUCUAAUAUGUAUUUUACAACUAUUUAGGACCAAUAAAAACCACAUAAUUCCAAGUUACGGACAAGUUUCCAUCUCUUCCUUUUGUUGGCGUUAGUAUAGAAAACAUUACGGUAGAAUAAAAGUAUAGGAAAUCUAAGAAAAUUCGGAAUGCGUAAAAACAAAAAAGAACAUUAAUGUUAUUCUUCCAAAGACUGAAUUAUAAUUGUGUAUUGUGUGUAAAUAAAACUAGUUGCAAAAAUAAAAGUACUACUCUACAUGUACAACAAACAACUCCCAUAUUUGUAUAUGAAUUUCAAACGUAUAAAUAUGAGAGCAAAGUUUUUAGCCAAACAAAAAACAGAAGACAUAGCCGAACGGUCAAGAAAGGUGGCAGUCAUAAAAUCAAAUAAUGUACAGGAAAAAGGGAGCUGUUCCUUUAAGUUUUGGCAGGAGAUUUGUAAAAACGAAACUGUACAACUACCCCAACCAAACAAUAGAAGCAACAUAAACUCGAACUAAAACUAAAACCUAACUUUGGUCAGGCAGAAAACAAACAAAACAACAACAAAAGCAAAAUUAAAUUAAACUGUUAAUUGUAAGCAUGCAGCUACUUUGUUAUGUAACUAAAUAAAUAUUUAUAUAGUUAUUAAAAUUAAAUGCGUAUAUAAGCCCACAAAAAAAACAGUAAGCUCUCUAUACAGCUAUACAAACUUCCAACUGCGAGAAUAGUUAAAAAUUCCAUUAGGAGUUAAGCGGGGCAAUUGAAAUGCGCAGUGAAAGCAUAACAAAUAUUCAUAAUUUUUCGUAUUUUUUUAUUCAGUUGUUUUUUUUUCAGAACUACAACUAUUUGCAAACAAUUGCCCAAAAUUGUAAUUAAAAUGGAAAUGAUACCCGAGAAAAAACAGAAGGGGAAAAUUAAGCAAUGGAACAGCUCAUUAAAGUGAAACAGCGCGGAAAUUGCAAACAAUUUACGGCGCUUAUUAAAAAUACUUGUAAAUUAUAUAAACACAUUUAGCGGCAAUAAAAACCAAAGUGAAAAGUAUACUAUAAUGAAAAACAAAAACCAUUUACAGCCCAAUUGAGAAUGUUUAAGUCUAUAGCUUCUGUAUGCGUAAACAUACAUCUACAAAAAUAAAUCUAUAUAUUAAUGUAAUGGUGUAAACUUAGCAUAAUUAGCUAAAUAAUACAACAAAUAUAAAUAAAUAACAUAUAGAGUGCUGCAUAACUGGCAAAACAAAAACGAUACAAUUCAAACCAAAACUCAUGAAACUAUUGCGUUAGAAAAUGUGUAACGAUUGUGCGAAAGAGACUUAGUAUUAACAAAUUUGGACUAAAUGGAAUAUAGUAAAAAUCAGUAAGAAAAAAAAGCCCAAUGAAAGGAAAGAAGAAAAUUUAGUUUAAUGGUGUAUUAACACGAAAGCCAUGUGAAACAAGUUGCAGACAUUUAAGAUGAAAUGGAAAUUAAA